AUGACGACAAGAAAAUCCAAAGUGCUUAACUGCAUUCAGAGACCUUUCGUUCUUGGUAUAACUAGGGCGUACCGAAAGAUUUCAACAGCAGCCGCAUCAGUCCUAGCAGGGCUAAUACUACUGCCAAUUAAAGCGAUGCAAGAGGCUGCAAUUGACUCGGUUUUUCUACUGAAAAUGUGUAAGACUUUCGGGGGCAUCACUUAUGACGUCUCUGAAUAUGAGUUCAAGAGUUCUCAGCUAGAUACGCACCCUUCCCUUUACAUGAAGGGAGUCUUCACGUACCAUGACCCAGCUCUCGCACCAAACACAGAUGACCUAAGAGUAAUCAUAUUUACAGACGGGUCCAAACUAGAUGGAAAAGUGGGGUGCGCUUUUGUAGCAUAUAAUAAAGGAGAUGUACCAGCAACCUGUAAAGGACAUAUGAACCCUGGAAACACAGUAUUCCAGGCAGAAGUUCUGGCACUGCAUAAAGCAAUAGGUUGGCUAACAAAAACCAGCCAACGGUACGCAACAAUUUUCACCGACAGCCUCUCAGCAAUGCAUGCAUUUAAAAACCCACGACAUUCAGCACAUCUUGUUACGGAGGCGCAAAAAACGCUAAGAGCGAAUACCUCCACUUCAAAGAUUCGCAUAUCCUGGGUAAAGGCACAUUCUGGAACCCAGGGUAAUGAGAAAGCAGGCGAAUUGGCAAAGGAGGCAGCCCAAAAUCAGGGCGCAGAAAAAGUUUCGAUUUUGCUGCCGAAAUCGCACCUAAAAGGGAAAGCAUGGGAAGCCUGUGGCAGGAGGAAUGAGGUACAAUCCAACAAGGGCGGAAGAACUCAGGACUUUAUACAUAGAAUGACGACAGACUGGGUUAUCUCCGCACCCUGCCUUACGCGCUUCAUAAUGGGUCAUGGACCUUUCCCGUCUUAUUUCAAAGACAGAGUCAUAUCUACCACCAAUAGCUGUGUCUGCGGCAAUGAAGGGUAG